AUGAGUGAUUUGAAUGACUUAAUCAAACAGUUCCAAUUUGAUCGGUUGCUAAAAACUGAUACUCAAGCAAAAACAGUCGCGAUACUUGGACGCAUACUUGGUGAGCCUGCCAUCCUCAUCCUUGAAAAAUCGGCGUUCAAUGCCGAAUCAAUUAGUCACAAUAAUAAAAUUACCCAUUUGAUAGACACUAUUACGACCAUCAAUUCCAAUGACGUAUACAGCUGGGGAAAUGCUAUAUUAUACCAGAACUUGGAACAGUUACCAGCAGCCAAAGUGAACUUGAUCUACCCUGCCACUGAAACUCAUGUAAGGAAAUACGACCAACAAGAAUUACACUAUGUGAGAGAGACGCCUCAAAUGUAUCAGAAGUACGUUGUACCAUACGUUGAGACUAUGAAGGGAGGUCGAAUUCAGUGGGUUUACAAUAUCCUUUUCCAUGGAAAAGAGCUGGAGUCCGUCAUCUACCACGAUCGAAGUCAUGAAGGGUUUGUUUUAUUGCCAGAUAUGAAAUGGGACAGAGUCAACUUGGAGAACUUGUACUUGUGCUGUAUUGUCAACCGAAAGGAUAUUUCGUCAUUGAGAGAUUUGAACGGGUCUCAUAUAGACUGGUUGAGAAAAGUGCAACUGAAAGUUAAGUCAGUUGCAUUUGAAGUUUACGGUAUUGCCCCCGACCAAUUGAAAGUAUUUGUUCACUACCACCCAAGUUAUUACCAUUUCCAUUUGCAUAUAGUUAACAUUCACCAUCCUGGUUUGGGCAAUGGAAUUGCAGUUGGAAAGGCUAUCUUGUUGGAUGAUAUCAUUGACAAUUUAACUCUUGUCAGUGAUUACUAUGCAAAGAAAACCAUAGGAUUUGUAUUGGGUGAAAAUCACGGCCUAUGGCAAAUUGAGGGGUACAGAAAGGAACAUUAUGGGUAG